AUGGUUCCGUCAAUUAUCCUCAUUCUUGCCUCAUUCUUAGCCAGUGCAAAGGCUAUCACCCACGUCAUUGUACAAACAGACGUGGUAUCUCAGGCAGUCGACGUCCAGGCCACAGUGUACGACGGAGGAUCUUCAAUUUAUACUUCUGGGACCGCCACCAAGUUGGGGAAAGAAGUAGAAAUCACCUCUUAUAGAAGUACUUAUGUCACUUCUGCCGCCACAGCUACCACCACCACCGUGGCCCCAACAACCGUCGCACAAGUAAAGGCUGCCACCACCUCUUCGGCCACCGCUGUUGCUGCUACCACUUCUUCCACUAGUACUGUUGCCGCUGCUUCUACUUCUGCCGCUGCCGCGUCUUCUACACUCAACUCUUUCCAGAGUGUGAUGCUCAGCGAACAUAAUGUCAAAAGAGCCCUCCAUCAAGGAGUGGGAUCAUUGACCUGGAGUUCGACCCUUGAAGCGUACGCCCAAGCAUACGCCGACAAAUACUCGUGUCCUUCCAAUGGGGCUUUGACCCACUCUGGAGGGGAUUAUGGGGAAAAUUUGGCUAGUGGGUACUCCAACAAAGGCACUGUGGAUGCGUGGUACGACGAAAUCAAGCAAUACAAUUACAAUAGCCCUGGGUUCAGCGAGUCCACUGGGCAUUUCACCCAGUUGAUUUGGAAGGCCAGUACUCAAUUGGGAUGUGCCUACAAGAAUUGUGAUAACGAAUGGGGUACCUAUGUGGUAUGUGAGUAUUACCCAAUGGGUAAUAUCGUGGUCACUGGUGAUACAUCUUACUGGUCACAAAACGUUCCACCAUUGAAGUGA